GAUAUCCAGUGUUGCUGGUGGAAGAGACUGGAGCUGUGAAGCGGCUCAUCACAAACCCUGGCAACGGAUCACGACACUGGAUCAGGAGCCAUUGCUCUUCCUUCCCGAGUCAGAACCAGGACCCAACCGCAAGGGACAGCGACUCCACCACCACACAGAACACAACCAGUGGACAGGUGGACUGAACAAUCUCGGUCCUGGUGGUCAUCCGAGAGAUGUAGACUCCAGUCAGGGAUCAACUCUGCAGCCUAAAAACAUUGUUUUUAUGGGCAGAGGCAACUCAUUCCAUUCUGAGGCUCAAGUAUACAAGAAAGUACAUUUCCCACCAUUACUCCAGAACCUGUAUAAAAACACAUUAGCAACACCUGAUCUGGUGCUGGGAUUAUGUACAUCCCUAAGACGGUGAAAGUAAUCAGUUAGAUAUCUGGGCGCAGAACCAUAUAUACUUCUGUAAACCAAACCUAGUCUCAUCUGGGACACCCUAGCCUCAACAGGCAGCCAGUUUAGUUCCAGAAAGCAGCUCCUGCCUAUGUGAGUACAUGGACUCACCUUCAAUACUACCCUGAUCAGCUUAUACUGGGCUAUCUGGAGCUUCCCCUUCGUAAGCUUAGAUAAGCCCCCAAACCAGGAAGUACUAGCGUAGUCAAAAUGGCAUUGAAUGAGGGCAGUGGCUAGCACUUACAUGGAGUCCUUAUCAAGCAGCUUGGACUUUCUAGCCAGAAACUUAGUCCUGGCAUUUACCUUCCCUAGCACUUUAUUGGCCACCCUCUCACCUCCCAAACUUGCAUCUAGAAUGCAUCCCAGGUAGCUAACAGAGGUUUUAGUAGUCACCCCCUAACUCCACUCUGAUUUCAGAAAACCUACUCAAUUUAGGUCUGGAUCCAAAAAUAAUUGCCUCAGUUUUCCCUGAGUGCAGAGAGAGCUUAUUAUCUCCAAGCCAUUUGCUAUUGUUAGUAAGCUCUGUGCUAAGUAUGCUCUCCAACAUAGUUUUACUUUUGUGAGACUCCAGAAGUGUAGUCAUUCGCAUAAAGGAAAAUAAUCUUUCAUAACGUUAAUAUACACUAAAAACAGUAGAGGCCCAAGCACGCUCCCCUGUGGAAUGCCACAACUCAUUCGUUUUGCCUGAGACAGUGAACCAUUAACCUCUACCUGAUAAAUAGGACUUUACCCAGCCUAGCGGGAUGCUGCAUUACCCCAGUGCCUCCAUUUCGAGAUUACUGUGUCAAAAUACUUUUUUUAGGUCAAGCAGUACCAUUCCACAGAGAUUUCCUUCAAUCUCUUUCCUGAUGAAGUCAGUCAAGUAAAGUAGACAUGAAUCGGUGGAGUAUGUUUUUCUAAAACCUGACUGAAAAUCAGACAUUAGACUAUGUUGACAUAUUCAUAAAUUUGCUCAUGUACAACUCUCUCCAGGAUCUUUGAUGUUACACUGGGGAUAGAUAGGCCUAUAAAUCCCAGGUUCAGACUUUAUCCCCUUCUUAUACAGAGGUAUACCUUUAGCUUGUUUCAUAUCCCUGGGAAAGAUGCCUUGUUCAAGAGAGAGAUUAACGAUAUGCCUAAUACAAGGACCAAUUUGCUCAACAGAAUCUCUAAGAAACCUUGCAGGAAUAUUAUCCAGGCCUGUGGCUUUGGAGCAUUUAAGCUCUGCUAGCAUACUGACUAUUUUGGCUGUUGCUACCUUUGCAAAAGAAAGAGUUUGGCUGAACCCCUAACUCUGCAUAAUAAUUCUUGACUUGGUUGUUUCCAUGCUCGCCAGCUUGCCAGUCAGGAUGGGCGUUCAACACAAGAGGUGCCUAGCCUAUAACACAGCACACAAUCCCAACAACACCCAAGCAAUGGCAAGAGUUCAAGGAGGGAGCUCAAAGACUAACCACCUGAGGGUGGUGGCUCCUGCUUCUACCUCCUCUGGUGUCAUUGGGUCACAACGUGGGAGGCUGAGGAUUAGGACAGACACAGACAAGCCGUACACCUGCUGCACGUGUUGAAGCGGUUCGUUAGGGCAAAAUAUUUGAAAGAACACAAGUGCAAACUAUGAGCUUCACCUUCUUGACUAACCUUAUCAGACAUAGGAGUGUCCACAAUGGGAGCGAACUAGGAGCAGUGUGGCUUGAGAUGUGCACAGGGGCUAUCUGGGAACCAUUCUGUAGCUGACAUACUUAAUCCUAUACAACUGUUUUUCCAGGUUUCCUUUUUUUCAGGUUCUCUCUCGAAAUCACAUUUUUUUAAAUAGAAAAAUAACAUUUGAUAAGUCCACCUGAGGUAUGGGAAAAAUAGAAGAUAUUUAGAUUAGUUUGGGUGUAGUUACCCUUUAAUGCAAAUGUGCACCAGCAAGAGACUAUCUUUUGGUUGUGAUGUUUCUGUAGCGCUCAUGUGAUUGCAUAGUUUGCUACACAAAUGGCCACUGGAUUGAUGCAAAUAAUCAAACCAGGUCGUCAUAGGCUACAUUGUAGUUAACAUUUAAAUUCGUUUUUUGGGAAAGGCUUUCCAUCUCUAUCGGAAGAAGGUUAUCAUUAGCAUCCUCGCUAACCGCUACACAAAGUGUAGACACAGGCACACACACACGGGCAUUCAUGUUUCAGGAAGUUGUAGGAAAAUACGAAUCACAUGUAUUCUUUAUGUCUUAUGAUUCAUAUUUUAAAUAUCGUUGAAUUACAUUUUAAUGUAUGGAUUAUGUGAUUCCGUCCGAUUUUAUAGGGCUCUACAUAUCAUGUGAAGUGUCUUGGUAAGAGGAUAAUUAACACAUUAAUCACUUAACUUUUUAUUUGAAACAUCCUUGUCUGAAUACCUGUUUUUAGAGACAGUAAACCUAGGCAAGAACAAGGACAGUUUAAUAUUUUACCUUAAGGAGGAUUAAAUAAAGUAAUUAUAUUUUCUACUCUAUUCUUGCUGACACACUGUUCUAAAGAAGUCUGGGUUGAGCUUGGAAGAUCAUGAAUAGAAUAGUUGACGUAAAACGUAAUAAGCAGUACCGUAAUUCAACAAACAGCGCGCAUUCCUAUUCAAUUUCACCACAGCGUUUUAGCUAUGACGCCUACCAAUAAGAUGCCUUCUCUUUAGUGCGAAGUUAAGCUAACGUAACCAGGCUUAGUGAACGGAUGUGCAGUAACCAAGAACAAAUUCCACGUUAGCGUUUUUGUUAUUUAGACGUUUAUUGACACCGUGGACCUCAAAAUAUGACAGUAGCAGCACACACUUGCCUCAGGUAGUCUUUAAUUCGCGUUGGAGACGGAACUUGGUUGAUAGAUGUUAUCUAGCUAGCUAGCUGCUAACAACAAUGGCGGACUGUAUGGUUUUUCACACUCAAAUAGCCUCCGUCAUGGAGAUGCUAGCAAAUGCAGCCGUGGCAGAGAUCUGUAAACUCGUAGACGACGACUAUGCAGUGUUCCGAUUGGAAAUAACUCAAAGCCAGAAAGAAAACAGGGGAUUGCGGAGGAAACUACAGCUCCUGGAACUGAAGGUGGCACGGGAGCGCGCAGAAAGGACAAUUAGAGAGCGCGUCCUCGCCAGUCGUCCCAAUAGUGUCAAGAUCCUCGACCGAUACAGAGGAAUUGCAAGAGGUGAAGGACAUCUCGCUGGAGGCCACAGGAGCUUUGUGAAGCCAGCAGGACACAAUACAUGGAGAGAUGACCAACCCACAGCUAUAGGUGAAGGAAAUGGAACCUCAACCCAGGACGUUAUUGUGAUAGAGUCUGCAGAGGCUGCAGGUCCUGGGGUCAAGCUGGAGAGGUCUGAAGGAGAGGAGGACCCACAGCACAGCAGAGACAUCCAGCCUGGAGCAGUGGCUGGAGUGGCGCACCCUGUAGUCACGGAAGACCUCGCCACCGCUGCAGCGCCCCAGACCAGGACCGGACGCAGCAUCACGGAGGAGGAGGAGGGUCCAGAGGUGCUGCUGGUGAAGGAGGAGGGCUGUGAGGAGGGUCUGGGGAACCCUGAGGGGACCAUGAUCAUAGAAGACAACCAGACUACACCUCAUGAACCCACAGAGGAACCAGCUGAGCAGCACAGGACCACACACAGUCUCACUGAGUCAGUAGACAUGGAGGAUGGGAAGCCUGAUCUGCUGCUGGUCAAAGAGGAGACGAUAGAAGACGGACCAGAGAGCAUUGACCUGCUGAGUGGACUAAAGAUGGGGGAGCAAGGUUGUUGGCUGGAGGAUAACAGAGGAAAAUGGGCGGCCAUCAUGGAUUCCCAGACCCAGACCGGUGCAGCCAAGGGCCGAGUGGACAACAUCACCAAGCAGGCCAGGACAAGAGGUGACAUAGUGGAGUCUGCAGUCCAUGAGGACCUGCUGAUAUCUGGUGUUGCUGGCGGGAGAGAUUGGACCUCUGAAACAGAUGGUCACAAACCUUGGCUCCGGAUCAGGACACUGGAUCAGGAGCCUUCGCUCUUACUUCCCGAGUUGGAACCAGGACCGAACCACGAGGAACAGAGACUCCACCACCACACAGAACACAACCAGUGGACAGGUGGACUGAACCACCUCAGUCCUGGUGGUCAUCAGAGAGACAGAGGCUCCAGUCAGGGAUCCAGUCUGCAGCCCAGACCCUUCUCUUCACAGUCUCAGUGCAGGGAUGGAGCAGGGCCUGGGGAUGAUAGAGAUAGACCCUCCUGUUCCUAUGAUACAAACACCACAGUAUCCAUGAUGAACAGAGCAGGUCACCCUGGGCUUCAGCCUUCACAGAGAGUAGUGGGAGACCCCUCUGGUGGUAGUCUAUCAGCAAGUCUGUCUUCUCCUUCAGAGUCUCAUCUAAUGCCUGGUGACUGGGUUCAUAGAAAGCCUGGACCUGGGUCUAGCCUUCCUCAGUUACCUCAUGGUUACCCCACCAAUACAGACAGGGUCAGGAUGGGCAUUCACCACGAGAGGUACCUUGCCUAUAACACAGCAAAUCCCAACAACACCCAAACAAUGGCUAGAGGUCAAGGAGGGAGCUCAAAUACUCCUGUUUCUACCUUCUCAGGUGUCAUUGGGUCACAACGUGGGAGACCGAGCGUUAGGACCGACGCCAACAAGCCGUACGCCUGCCCCACGUGUGGGAAGUGCUUCGCUGAAGCGUAUUAUGUGAAGAUGCACCAGACCGUUCACACCAAGGAGAGGCCCUUCAAGUGUAAACUAUGUUACAAGAGCUUCUCCUUCCUGAGUAACCUUAUCAGACAUAGGAGUGUUCACAACGGGGAGAAAUCGUAGCAGUGUGGCUUGAGAUGUAAACAGUGGCUAUCUGGGAACCAUUCUUUAGCUGACAUAUUAUAGUAAGAGGGUAAUCAACCAAAUACCUUUCAUUAACUUUUCAUUUGAAACAGGCUUGUAAAUACCUUGUUUUUAGAGAAGUCAUAUUAUUUUCUAUUCUGUUCUUGCUAACGCCGCUCUUUCUUUCUCUCUGCUUGAAAGAUACUGAUCAUAGUAGAUCUGAUGUGUAAUGUCAUAAGAAGUAUUUGAAAGAACAGCGAGCAUACCUUUUUCAUUUAACCACACCCUUUGAGGUAUGACGCAAACCAAUAAGAUCGGUAGGUGGAAACCGGAAGAGAUGACUGGCACAGUGUCGGAAACGGAUGUUUUGUUUGAAACUGCUGGCGAGUGAAGAUGACAGUGAGAAUGAGUGGGUUUCACUGGCGAAAAAGAAAGGAAAGGAGAAGUAAAAUUGUGAUAAAAAAUAGGAAACUGGUUUUUGGUGUCGAGGUGAAGGUUUUGAACCAAUGGAACCUGGGAGAUCCGUUUGAAGUCUCGAUAAAUGUCAUGGAUGCAUUGGGUGAAGUGGCGUCAGUGAGUCAGAAGAAGUGGGCUUAUUUAGAUUUUUUGGUGUUUGUCGAGACAUGAUCAGGUGUCUCGGUCAAUGAGAGAAGACUUGAAAUAGACAAGAUGGCGGCGUACACAUUGUUGGAUUACUUCAUGGAGCAAAAAAAGUAUUUAUUUUAAUAACAGAUCAUUUUCAUCUUAAUUCAAACUGACCCCUUGCAACUGCACACAGACAUUUUAUGGGACUCCUGUUUCCACGAAUCGAGGACGAAGGCAAUAUCACCAAACUAAAGUUGGUCGAAAAUGAUCUGUGCUACACCAAACAGUAUUUAUCCUGUAACACCCAUUAAUGGAUACCAAAAGUCUUCGGAUAAAUCACAUCUGGUGUAACAAUCUGUAGCUUAGGCAGUACAAGGAAUCCUGUACCCUGAACCUGUGUAGGGAUUUGAUUUGGAUUGGACUGUGAGUGACUGAAGAAGUGGGAUGGUUUUGAUUGAUCUAUAUUUGUAUUUAGUGUAUUGUCGUUUCUACCCCCCUCCUUCUUUCCCGCAAUAGCUUCUAGAGGGUUCACACAGGGGGAAAACCCUAAAGUUGCCACCAGCACCACCUUUAGAUGUACCUGAAGGUCCACAUGGGAGAGAGGCUGUAAGCCUGUACGCACUGCAGGAAGAGGUUCUCAGAGAGGAGCUACCUCAGGAUACACCAGCAGAAAAAUCAUCCCACUCUAUAUCGUAGAAAGUCACCAUUCCACUCGAUAGCUUCUGACGUUUAGAUCAAACUCUUCAUUAAAGACAAAGAUUCAUUUUCAUUGUUGUCAGCAGAAAAUAUCAUUUGGUAUAAUAAGAGUAACAGAUUUCAGUGUUGAACAUUCCUGGGUAGGAUAUUGCAUCCAGACUUAAAGAAUCUUUUAUAUUGUGUUUGUACUGUGUAGACUGAAUGAUGUUCACAAAUUCAUUUUUAUUACUUCCAUUCAACUACUUAAUUUUUUCCAGAAGACACUUUUAAUGAGAAAAUGAACGCAGUUUAUCAAGUUCAUGCAGUUGUUUUGUUUAGACUUGUGUAUGUGUGGUUCUAUUGCUAAUACUCGUUUCAAUGUGUCACUAUGGGAUUUGCUCGGGGGUGGAUUAUUUGUUUGAAGUCUCCAAUCACACAGCAUUUGUUGGAGACAGAGAAGUCGAGUGGCGCCCACUGGUCAACAAGGAUUAUCCCUCAUCUUGGUAGCCCCUCGAUGACCAGGGAAACUCUGGUUAGCGGAGAUCAGUCUCCUGCUUUACAUCGAGCCCUGGCAACUACUGUUAUGCAGGGAUCUUUUGACCCAGGCGAACUGAGAGAUUUUCCACCCUCACCCAGAAACCAUGGCCCUCUGGGCCUGGCCUGUGAGAGGGUACAUCUGAAUGUGGCAGGCUUGCCUCUCUGAGUCAUUGAGGCUAUCCAGAAUGCAAGAGCUCCUUCUACACGUUGACUGUAUGGAAACAAAUGAUGCGCUUGUGAUGAAUUGGUGAGACCAAAACAGAUUAUUCCUUACCAAUGCUCUGUAUCCAAGGUUUUAUGCUUCUCGCAGGACUUUUUGGACAUAGACCUUGACAGUGGAGAACGCCUUCCCUAUCUAGCCACUAUCUCGGGCCAUGUCAUAUAGGCUUCGACAACAACACAGUAGGGAACACCCUCUGUUAUGUUGUUUCAUGAAGGGAGCUCGUCGCUUAUGCCCAGUCUCCAAGCCUUCAGCCUCGUCUUGGGGUCUGUCUUUUGUGCUUGAGGCGAUUUCACAGCAACCUUUUGAGCCGACUUGAAAACUUAGUUGAAAAAUCUCUCCUUCAAGAUGGCUUUGCUGAUUGCCCUUACAUCCGGAAAGCAAGUGAGUGAGCUGCAUGCACUGUCAGUCCACCAUUCGUGCCUACAGUUUGCCCCGGGGUUAUCCAAGGUAACAUUGUUACCCAACCCUGCCGAAGGUCAGCAGCGAUUGCAAUUGUCUCGCCCUGGAGCUUAUGGCUUUCCGCACGCCAUCCUUCACUUAUAUGGAAGAAGAGCACCUCCACCGUUUAUGUCCAGUACGUGCUUUAUGCAUCUACUUAGAUAGAACGAGAGCAUGGUAUAAGAGUGACCAACUCUUCGUGUCUUGGGCAUCCCCCUGUAAGUGCUGAUCUAGAAUCAGAUUAGCCUUUUAAAUCAUAAUGAAUAAGACUAUUUAGACAGCUGGGGACCUGAUCCUCGAUCAGCACUGCUACUUGGACUCUUUGUGAAUUAUCAAACCAUUUAAAGUGUCAAGUAAUCAAAUCGACUUACAUGUUUGCAUAGUAUCAAAUGAACGAAGACGUUUUGCAUAGUAUCAAAUCAACUAACAUGAUGUUCUCAGAGGGGAGCUACCUCAGGACACACCAGCAGAAAACGUACACGGCCCAUGUAUAGAGUGAAAUGUAGUACUAGUUUGUUUAUUUGUAGUUCAUUCUGGUGGAUUUGGAUAUUGUAGGGAACUGGAUGAGGUGAACUGGUGAAAUAAUGGAGUAUGAUGAGGCAGAGUAGAUGAUAUGGUGAUGGUUGAUGUGAUGGUGUCUGUAAAAAUGCUUCCCUAAUGAAGAGUGACAACUAUGUCCCUUUUGGUUGAGACUGGUGUUUUAUAGUGAGAUAAUGAUAGUGCCUUAAUUCAUAUUUACUUGACAUGAAGUAGUGAAGCUGUGUGUAAUGUAAUGUUGAACCUUUUCCAAAGUAUUCAAAAAGGAAUUCUAUCAAAGUGAGGGUACCAGAUUUACAGAAAAGGUAGUGUUACCAUAGUGUCACGUAUCGGUUUGUGCAAUAAAAGUACUGUACUUCAUGUUAUGUGAGUAUAUGACCAUUUUGUCUAAAUUAAAUAGAAAAUUGACUCUG